AAAGCUGGGGAGUUCGCCCGGCGCAAAAACACACUGUCUUCUUCUUCCUCUCAUCGAUCUCUCUCUCGCCCUACUCGAUCGCCUCGACAACGACAGAUGCCCCCCCAGCCUUUGAUCAAUUUCUAAAGAAAAAAUAUUUAGGGAGGCUUAGAUUAGACUUUUUUAGCAUUUUCCCCCCCAACCACUGAAGAUUUUUGUUUUCCCCCCAGUGAUCUUCGGCAAGCUCCGCCACUAAAAGGGCAUGCUGCCCAACGGCCUCACGGUUGCCGUGAAACGCCUCCACCCCGGCCAAGACGACAGGACCUCUCAGGAGCAGUUCAUGGCGAAGGUGGGCACCAUCGCGCGGACAGACCACAUCAACCUCGUCAAGCUCUUCGGUUUCUGCUACGACGCCGACGUGCGCGCGCUGGUGUACGAGUUCACGGAGCACGGCGCGCUCGACUCCUACCUCUUCGACCAGAGCCGCGAUGUCGGCUUCGAGACGGCGCGCGCCAUCGCCGUUGCCGUCGCCAGCGGGCUCUGGUGCCUCCAUGAGGAGUGCCCGCAGAAGAUCGUGCAUUGCGACAUCAAGCCCGGCAACGUCCUCCUCAACGGUGGCCUCACGCCCAAGGUGGCCAACUUCGGCCUCGCGCAGCUGCUGAACCGGGCCGACACGCACAAGACUGUCUCCGGGAUGCGCGACGCGCCCGGGUAUGCCGCGCCGGAGAUGUGGAUGCAGGCCGGCGCCACCGAGAAGUGCGAUGUCUACAGCUUUGGCAUCCUCCUCUUCGAGAUCCUCGGCCGGAGGAGAAACUUCGAUGAGGCCGCGCCAGAGAGCCAGCAGUGGUUCCCAAAGCUGGCGUGGGCAAAGUACGAGAGCGGCAACCUAAUGGAAGUUGUGGAGAAAUGUGACGGCGCGGGGGAGCAAGACGAGAAGGCCCCGGAACCACCCCCACCGCCGGUCUCCCACCGCUCCGGCCAUCCUUUUAGCCCCCGCCAUACUAAGUUUUUUCUCCGACGAAUCCUCUCACCAUCGCCCCCCACCAUUGCCCCACCCUAA